AUCGAACAACUACAAAGACGUGACAUUAACACACCGAAGUAACAACUCAAGAACUCCAAACUCAAAAAUAUUGUAAAUGUCCAAAUGGCUCAUUUUUACCAACCUUUCAGAAUUUACUUUGUCUUAAAGCUGAUGAGUUUUAAAUGUAGAUCACAAUCCCAAUGUUCAUAACUAAAUAAUUUCAUUGAAAUUAGCAGUUGCUUGAAAGAAACAUGGCUUUCUAAAAUACUGUAUUUACCUGUAAAAAUAUGCAUAUAAACGUGACAAGUUUUUCUCUCAGAGUGAGAUGAUAUGGGCUUAAAGAAUUAUAGAUUUGAACAGUCUUGUCAAGUUAUAAUAUUUCAUUCAAUUAUGAACUUUCACUCUAAAUGAACUAUUGAUAAACGUGUACAGUGAAAAUAUUCUAUUAAAAGAAAAACAGGUGAGCAAGGAGUCCAUCAAUGAAACAUAAUGAAUUUGAAUUUGAAUUUGUCUUUUUUACCUGCAUUGGGAUCUGAAUCAAAGUAAACAUGCUGGAAGAUAUUCAUGGUGUUCAACAAUUAAGACUUUUCGUCAAACGAACACAGCCAGAAGAAUUUCUAUUGUUUUCUGCUUUUUCAAGUUUUGUUGUUGCUGAGUCUGCUGAGAGUAAGACUAUAGUUAAAGUGUUGUACCAGUUUGUAGCAGCUUGUAUUUUCUCACCAGCACGGACAUCAUAUCGAAUCAUCUGAAGACAUGAAUCAAACAAAAACACAUGUUGUUUUUCCCAUUAGUUCAGCCAGCGCGUUUGGGGGCUAUAAAAGACAGUUCAACUGUACCACUGAACUUCUGUGAGGAUGUUUAACUGCACCAUGAGGGUUGUUCUUGGUUUGUUGUUGGUGCUGCUCGGUCUGUGUGGGUCAGCGGCUCAACAGGACGGUUUCACCAAGGUUGGUGAGAUCGGAGAGUUUCCCGAGACGGCUGCAAGAGACACGGCUGAUGAAUCGAUCGAGGACACAACAAAGCAAACACGCCACGACAUCUGGGCAGAGCUUAGGGCUCUGAAAGACACGGUGUCAGAUGUUCGGGUGGAGCUUUACCUGCUGCAGAGAGAUAACGCUGACCUUCAGACCAGACUGAGCAGCGGUGAGAGGGAACUUCUUGUCAGCAAGUUCAGGGUUGACCUGCUGGAGAAAGAAAAUGCAGACUUACAGACCAGACUGAGCAGCAGUGAGAGUGAACUUCUCGUCAGCAAGUUCAGGAUUGACCAGGUGGAGAAAGAAAAUGCAGUCCAAGAAACUAGACUGAAUGCCACUGAGAGCCAAACAAGUGGCCUGGAAGGAGAAAUUACAGACUUACAGACCAGACUGAGCAGCAGUGAGAGUGAACUUCUCUUCAGCAAGUCCAGGAUUGACCAGCUGGGGAAAGAAAAUGCAGACUUACAGACCAGACUGAGCAGCAGUGAGAGUGAACUUCUCGUCAGCAAGUCCAGGAUUGACCAGCUGGAGAAAGAAAAUGCAGUCCAAGAAACUAGACUGAAUACCACUGAGAUCCAAACGAGUGGCCUGGAAGGAGAGAUUACAGACUUACAGACCAGACUGAGCAGCAGUCAGAGUGAACUUCUCGUUAGCGAGUCCAGGAUUGACCAGCUGGAGAAAGAAAAUGCAGAGAAACCAAAGGUGGCCUUUUACACAGCUCUUACUGAUGCAGGACAGGUUGGACCCUACAAUGCAGACGUAACACUGAAAUACAGCAAGGUCUUCACCAACAUUGGCAAUGCUUACAGUCCAUCGACAGGUUUCUUCACUGCACCAGUGAAAGGGGCUUACUACUUGCAGUUCACUGCAGCUUCUUACCGCACAGGUUACAUGGGUGUACAGGUGUUCAAGAACAACCAAAGGAUCAUGUUUAAUGGGGAGUUCAUGGAUGGUUCAGCUUACAAAUACCUCACCAACUCUGUUGUCUUGGAGCUGAUAGCAGGAGACGAAGUUCAUCUUGUUCUCCCACCAAACAAUUAUCUCCAAGACACUUCAGAUAACCACAACACCUUCAGUGGCGCUCUUCUCUUCCCACUGUAAGGAUGGGCUUUAGGCUGCUGCUGUUAUUGGCUACACAAUGAUUUACUGCAUCAGAUAAUGUGGUUAUGAAUCUGAUCUGCUUUUUGUGUCGUCACAUAACUUAAACUUAAAUAAAUACAAAAGUUCUCAAUCUUAAA